ACCAUGGCUACUUCCAAGUGCCCCGGGGAGGAGGAGACCACCAUCCUCAUGGCCAAAGAAGAGCUGGAGGCCCUGCGCACCGCCUUCGAGUCCGGGGACAUCCCCCAGGCCGCCUCCCGCCUCCGGGAGCUGCUGGCCUCCUCGGAGAGCACCCGCCUGGAGGUGGGGGUCACAGGCGAGUCGGGCGCUGGCAAGUCGUCCCUCAUCAACGCCCUCCGUGGCCUGGGGGCCGAGGACCCCGGCGCAGCACUCACGGGCGUCGUGGAGACCACGAUGCAACCCUCAUCCUACCCGCACCCACAGUUUCCCGACGUGACCCUGUGGGACCUGCCCGGGGCCGGCUGUCCAGGCUGCCCCGCUGACAAGUACCUGAAGCAGGUGGACUUCGGCCGCUACGACUUCUUCCUGCUGGUCUCCCCCCGCCGCUGCGGGGCCGUGGAGGCCCGCCUGGCCUCCGAGAUCCUGCGCCAGGGCAAGAAGUUCUACUUCGUGCGCACCAAGGUGGACGAGGACCUGGCGGCCACCCGCAGCCAGCGGCCCUCGGGCUUCAGCGAGUCCAUGGUCCUCCAGGAGAUCCGCGACCACUGCACCGAGCGGCUGCUGGCCAACGAGGUCUCCCCAGAGACCGUCCUGCGGCUCUACUCGCAGUCGUCCGACGGCGCCAUGCGGGUGGCCCGGGCCUUUGAGAGGGGCAUCCCCGUGUUCGGGACGCUGGUGGCUGGCGGCAUCAGCUUCGGCACCGUCUACACCAUGCUCCAGGGCUGCCUCAACGAGAUGGCCGAGGACGCCCAGCGGGUGCGCAUCAAGGCCCUGGAGGAGGAGGAGGAGGAGGAGUCCCAGCCCGAGGUCAGCUUGGACGCGGCUGGCGACAAUGGCGUGGAGAAGUGCGGGGUUGGGGAGGGAGGAGGUGAGGAAGCCCCGCUGUCCACCCGCCGGAAGCUGGGCCUCCUCCUCAAGUACAUUCUGGACAGCUGGAAGAAGCGUGACUUGGAAGAGAAGUGAAAGUGCAGCCCCCGACCCCCUGCCUCGCCCACAAACCAAACCUUAACAAAGCCAAACAACCAAAUGAAAAGGCCA